AUGUACGCAGAAAGCCUAGACAAUGCUGUGGUGGACACAACCAAGGAGGACACAGAGCCUGCUGAUGCAGACAUCAUGGGGCUGUGCCAGGACGUGUUCUCCAAAAUGGCCACAUACCUGACAAGUGAGCUGACAGCCACCAUUGAAGACUACAAACUUCUGAAAAAUAUGAACAAAUUGACUAGCUUGAAGUAUCUAGAAAUGAAAGAAAUUGCAGUGAACAUAAGUAGAAACCUAAAAGACAUCAACCAAACAUAUAAAGCUUUUCAGCCUUAUCUAGAUCAGAUCACCUUAAUUCAGGAGCAAGUAGCAGCUCUGGAGCAGGCAGCUUACCAGCUGAAUGUAUAUUCAAAGAAACUAGAAGCAAAGUACAAGAAGUUAGAGAGGCGAUGA